AAAAAAACCCAGCAACUUAGCGGAAACUUCUCAGAGAAUGCUCCAAAACUCAGCAGUGCUUCUGGUGCUGGUGAUCAGUGCUUCUGCAACCCAUGAGGUGGAGCAGAAUGAUUCUGUGAGCCCCAGGAAAUCCCGGGUGGCAGCUCAGAACUCAGCUGAAGUGGUUCGCUGCCUCAACAGUGCUCUGCAGGUCGGCUGCGGGGCCUUUGCCUGCCUGGAAAACUCCACCUGUGACACAGAUGGGAUGUAUGACAUCUGUAAAUCCUUCUUGUACAGCGCUGCCAAAUUUGACACUCAGGGAAAAGCAUUUGUCAAAGAGAGCUUAAAGUGCAUCGCCAAUGGGGUCACCUCCAAGGUCUUCCUUGCCAUUCGGAGGUGCUCCACUUUCCAGAGGAUGAUUGCUGAGGUGCAAGAGGAAUGCUACAGCAAGCUAAACGUGUGCAGCGUCGCCAAGCGGAACCCUGAAGCCAUCACCGAGGUCGUCCAGCUCCCCAACCACUUCUCCAAUAGAUACUAUAACAGGCUUGUCCGAAGCCUCCUGGAAUGUGAUGAAGACACAGUCAGCACCAUCAGAGACAGCCUGAUGGAGAAAAUUGGGCCCAACAUGGCCAGCCUCUUUCACAUCCUGCAGACGGAUCACUGUGCCCAAACACACCCGCGAGCUGACUUCAACAGGAGGCGCACCAGCGAGCCGCAGAAGCUGAAAGUCCUCCUCCGGAACCUCCGAGGUGAGGCGGCCUCUCCCUCCCACAUCAAGCGCACCUCCCAUGAGAGCGCGUGAGCAGGGAGAGGCCUUCACAGCCUCUCCAGACUAGCUUCGUUUGAAAGGUGUUCACACACCGACUUGGAGUGUACUGUGCCUGGUUUGAUUUUUUUUUUAAGUAGUUCCUAUUUUCUAUUCCCCUUCCAGAAAAUUGCAUGAAACGAGGCUUCUGUAAUCAAUAUCCCAACAUUCUGCGAUGGCAGCAUUCCCACAGACAGAACACGUGUGCUCUUUCUGCCCCUCGGCAGGAAAAAGUACCCUCUUUGAUCACGUUCCUUCCCCAGGCCCCCCUCAAACUCCUCUCAAACACAAAGCAUUCACGUAAGGUCCAGUCGUUGUCAUUGGAAGCUGUGGAGCCCUUUUAGGAUGGUUGCCCCAGUAGCGUUAGCUGAUGAGAAGCGACUUAAUUUAAAUGCAUGUCUUAAAUGCCCAUAAAGGUGUUCAACGGAAUUCGUGUGAUGAAUCUGUGCUGGCCACGGACGAAUAUGAAUGUCGUGUUUGAAUUCUUGAUCUCUCAUGAGCUAGUGUCUUAUGGUCUUGACCCUUCAGUGUGUAAUUUCCUUUCCAACACAUUUACCAAAUGGCUCAAGCCUGGCUCUUCAACCGGGGUGUGAGCCUGCAUCUUCUUGCAUCUAAUGAAAAACAAAAAGCUAACAUCUUUAUGUACUGUAACUGCUCAGAGCUUUAAAAGUAUCUUUAACAAUUGUCUUAAAAACCAGAGAAUCUUAAGGUCUAACUGUGGAAUAUAAAUAGCUGAAAACUAAUGUACUGUACAUAAAUUCCAGAGGACUCUGCUUAAACAAAGCAGUAUAUAAUAACUUUAUUGCAUAUAGAUUUAGUUUUGUAACUUAGCUUUAUUUUUCUUUUCCUGGGAAUGGAAUAACUAUCUCACUUCCAGAUAUCCACAUAAAUGCUCCUUGUGGCCUUUUUUAUAACUAAGGGGGUAGAAGUAGUUUUAUUCAACAUCAAAACUUAAGAUGGGCCUGUAUGAGAUAGGAAAAACCAACAGGUUUGUCUGAAGGACCCCAGGUAAAAUGUUAAUCUCCCAGCCCACCUCAACCCAGAGGCUACUCUUGACUUUGAUCUCUCCUGAAACGGCUCUGUCACGUCCAACCGAGAGUUACAGGAACCCAAAAGAGCAUCCCUUUGGGCUCGGACCACUUACAGUUCGAUAAGGCCUUACUCUACCUUGGGAAGUGGCAGUUCCUGAUUCGCCCGCCAUCUUUCAUCAGUGAACCAAUGAUGGUGUGGAAGACUUUCCCUUAAAUCAGUCAGGAACGAGUCAGUCAGCCUUUGGGUCUUCAGUUCCGGGGACUUGGGGCUGAGGUGGUAUAAAGAACCCUGGGCUGUCCAGCCUUAAUAGACUCCUCUUACAUUUUCGUCCUGUAGCA